UGCACCAUAAAAAUUCAAAUAUUUCACCGCCAAAAAUAUCGACAAUCGAUGGAAAAUAUCGAGCGUUCCUUUGAUUUUAUAUUUAAAUGACUAAACGUAGAGGGAGCAUAGUAUGCGUUCUAAAUUAAGAAAUAUUUAAGCGUGCAAAGUAUGUACUUACAUUUAAUACGGAGUAGGAGAUAGAUCGCUAGCGAAUCGGAAAACUUUCAAAGUUGUUGGUCCAUGAAUACCCAUAUAUUUGUAAACCGCGAACGUAUAUAGUCGAAAUAAUGACCCAGCUAUUCAGUCUGUUUGUCUUUUUUGUAUUCGUAAGAGCAGACACCCAUGGAUUUACAAACAUUUAUCCAAAAUUGAAGAAAUUUGUUCUUGAUAAAAAUGCAGAUGUGGGUGAGCCUCUUUUUCUAACACCACUUAUUGAAAGUGGAAAGAUCGAUGAGGCACGAAAGGAAGCUAUUGUUGAACACAAGGAGAUAGGUGCGGUUAGCAGCUACGCUGGCUACUUUACAGUGAAUAAGGAAUACAAUUCUAAUUUAUUCUUCUGGUUUUUCCCUGCACAGCAUAAUCCGAAGGAUGCACCAGUAGUAUUGUGGUUACAAGGUGGUCCAGGAGCAACAUCCUUAUUUGGUCUUUUCAUGGAAAAUGGGCCGUUUUUUGUUACUUCAAACAUAACUCUUGCACCGCGUAAAUAUUCCUGGAGUAUUUCUCAUAACUUAAUUUACAUUGAUAAUCCAGUUGGGACCGGAUAUAGUUUUACUAAGAAUGAUAAAGGCUAUGCUAGUAAUGAAACUCAAGUUGGAAGAGACAUUCACAACGUUUUAGUACAGUUCUUUAAACUUUUCCCAGAGCUUCAGAAUAAUGAUUUUUUUGUUACUGGCGAAUCUUAUGGUGGCAAAUAUGUACCUGCUGUUUCUCAUGCCAUCAAAGACUAUAAUAUUAAGGCGGAAACUAAAAUAAAUCUAAAGGGUUUGGCGAUAGGAAAUGGAUUUACAGAUCCCGAACAUCAACUUUUAUAUGGCGAUUAUUUAUAUCAACUUGGUAUAAUAGAUUUAAAUGGAAAAAAUUUGUUCCAUCAAUAUGAGAAAAAAGCACAUGAUUUAAUUGAGCAAAAAAAAUAUGUAGAUGCUUUUGAGUUGUUUAACACGUUACUCUCUGGUGAUUACAAUUCUCCAUCUCUCUUUACAAAUAUAACUGGUUUUAAUUAUUACUUUAAUUAUUUACGGACAGAAGAUACUAACGAAUCUCAAUGGAUGUCAGAGUGGGUACAGAGAGACGACGUUAGGCGUGCGAUACAUGUAGGCAAUUGUUCCUUUAAUCUUGAAACUAAAAAUGUUGAAGAUCAUUUAAAAGGAGAUAUCAUGCAGUCUUUAGCUAUACUGGUGUCAGAUUUGGUACAACAUUAUAGGGUACUUAUUUAUAAUGGUCAACUUGAUAUUAUUGUAGCAUAUCCGCUCACUGUUAAUUACUUGCAAAAUUUGAAAUGGCCUGGUGCAAAGAAAUAUAAAACUGUUGAUCGGAAACAAUGGUGGGUACAAGACGAGUUAGCUGGUUACACAAAAUCUGUCGAUAAUUUAACAGAAGUUCUUGUGCGAAAUGCAGGUCAUAUGGUCCCAUACGAUCAACCUCGUUGGGCUCUUGAUCUUAUUACCCGCUUUACACAUAACAAAAAAUUCAAAUAAGUUGCCGAAUAAGGGCUUGCAGCGAAAUGUAUGUGAUACUCUUUGUUAUAGGCAUUGAGGCUAUUUUUAUUACUUUUCAUAUAAUAAUAUAUAGAUUUAUAUAUAGAUGUAGAGGAAAAAGUUAAACGAACAAAUGUAUACAAACUAGAAUAAAGUUAUGAUUACAUGAAAA